AUGUCGUCGCCAGCAUCCCGCCGCUCCAAUCGCAAUUCCGUGAAUGGCACUCCCCGUGGAACCGCCGGCUCUGAUGCUCCCAUGAGCAGCGAUCCCAUCCUCCCUGAGCCCGCAGCAGGAGACGACCAGACUACUCCGCGCGGCAACGCUCGAUCAUCGCAGAACGAGUCGCAGUCACAGGCGCCGCCGACCUCCUCCCCGCUCUUCUUUCGCUCCUCUCCCGCCGCCUCCCAAUCGCAGAGCCAAAGCCAGUCGUUGAAUAGCGAUGUUUCCAGCAGUAUUGGUGCGAGGACACCACGUCAGUCGGGAGGCUAUGGCGACUCCUCGCCGAUCCACUACGCCCCUAGUUCCGACGCUCCCGGCCCCACGUCCGAUAACCAUCGCGCAGAUCAGCCCAGCUCGACCGGCCUGUUCGUGCGCUCACCAUUCACCGCUUCUGGAAGCAAUGCCCGAGAGAGAAGACAUGACAUCGAUUCGGACGUGUUGGAGGCUGGCAGUGGACGAAGAAGACGAGUGUUGGUGGAUGAGAAUGGCUUGCCAAUCCCAGACGCCGGCUCCGACGCAGCCACCUUCUCCAAUCUCAAUCCAAAUACCUCUGAUGCAGACGUGCUUGGUGGACAGUCAAGCAGGGUGAUCUGGGGAACCAAUGUCUCCAUUCAAGAUGCUUUCCACGCCAUGAAGGACUUUCUGCGCAACUUCCAGCCCAAGUACCGGCGAAUGCUGGAUGGCGAUACCACGGACUCCCCAUAUCUGCCGGAAGAGCACCCGGACAAUGAAAAGCAGUAUGUGCAAAUGCUGGAGACGAUGUUGGAGCUCGGAACUACAUGUCUAUACCUUGAUGCGAAGAAUUUGAAGGCCUACCCCCCGACCAGGAAGCUGUGGUACCAGCUGCAGUCCUUCCCGGCCGAAAUCAUCCCCGUCAUGGAUUCCGCGGUCAAGGAUGCAAUGAUUGAGAUGGCUGAGAAGAGAAUGAAUCAGCGGCGAUCCACCCAGUCCCAGCAGGCUCGUCAGAAUCAAACCCAGCGAGCGAGAGACUCCAGCUCCAUGCCUCCCAUGCCGAGCUCGGAUAUGGACAACGAGAUGGGCGGUCAAGCAAACGAGGCAGCUCCACAGCCAGCGGAUGUGGAAGAUCUGGUCGCAGAGUGCGAGCAAAACAUCUACCGUGUCCGCCCCUUCGGACUUGAUCACACCAUCAACCUUCGCGACCUCAACCCGAACGAUAUGGACAAGCUCGUCUCCAUCAAAGGUCUUGUCAUCCGCACGACCCCCGUCAUUCCGGACAUGAAAGCCGCCUUCUUUCGUUGCUCCGUAUGCCAUCACACUCUGAAGGUCGACAUCGACCGUGGCAAGAUCGCCGAGCCGACGAGAUGUCCGCGAGAGGCCUGCAGUUCGAGCAACAGCAUGCAAAUCGUCCACAACCGCUCCGACUUUGCAGACAAGCAGGUCAUCAAGCUUCAGGAGACACCGGACUCCAUGCCUGACGGUCAGACGCCACACUCUGUCUCGCUGUGCGCGUAUGAUGAGCUCGUUGAUAUCUGCAAGGCUGGCGAUCGCGUCGAGAUCACGGGCAUCUUCAAAUGCAGCUCUGUCAGAACCAACCCGCGACAAAGGAGUGUCAAGAACGUUUUCAAGACUUACGUCGACUGCCUCCACGUGCAGAAAGUCGACAAGCGUCGCAUGGGCAUUGACACAACCACAAUCGAGCAAGAGCUGUCUGAGCAGGCUGCCGGCAGCAUUGAAGAGUCUCGAAAGGUGACUGAGGCCGAGGAAGAGAAGAUUAGAGAGGUUGGCGCGAGACCGGACGUUUACGAAAUCCUCUCUCGCUCUCUCGCCCCUUCCCUCUACGAAAUGGAGGACGUGAAGAAGGGCAUCCUGCUUCAGUUAUUUGGCGGUACGAACAAGAGCUUCGAGAAGGGUGGCUCGCCGAAGUAUCGCGGCGACAUCAAUGUCCUCCUCUGCGGCGACCCAUCCACCGCCAAAUCCAAGAUGCUGGAAUACGUGCACAAGAUCGCCCCUCGAGGUGUUUACACUUCUGGUAAGGGCUCCUCAGCAGUCGGUCUUACAGCGUACGUCACUCGCGACCCUGAAACCCGCAGCCUUGUGCUCGAGUCCGGCGCCUUGGUCCUCAGCGACGGCGGCAUAUGCUGCAUCGACGAAUUCGACAAGAUGUCCGAGUCGACUCGCUCGGUGCUGCACGAAGUGAUGGAACAGCAGACCAUCUCCAUCGCCAAAGCGGGCAUCAUCACCACGCUGAACGCGCGGACGAGCAUCCUCGCCAGCGCCAAUCCCAUCGGAAGCAAGUACAAUCCCAACCUUCCAGUGCCGCAGAACAUCGACCUGCCCCCGACGCUGCUGAGCAGAUUCGACUUGGUGUACUUGGUGCUGGAUCGUAUUGAGGAGAGCGCGGAUCGGAAGCUCGCGAGACAUUUGGUGGGGAUGUAUCUUGAGGACGCCCCUGAGAAUGCCAGCAGGGAGGAAAUCCUGCCCGUCGAAUUCCUCACGUCCUACAUCUCCUACGCCCGCGCUAACAUUCACCCUCAAAUCACCCAACCGGCCGCCGACGCCCUGGUGCGUGCGUACGUCGCGAUGCGCAAACUCGGCGAGGACAUCCGCGCCGCCGAACGCCGGAUAACGGCAACAACGAGACAGCUAGAAAGCAUGAUCCGACUGUCGGAAGCGCACGCGAAAAUGCGCCUGAGCUCCGAAGUGACGGCCGAGGAUGUCGAGGAGGCGGUGCGCCUCAUCCAAUCCGCGCUCAAGCAAGCCGCUACCGAUGCUCGCACGGGGCUGAUCGAUAUGGGCUUGCUGACGGAGGGGACGAGCGCGUCGGAGAGGAAGCGCAAGGAGGACUUGAAGAGUGGGGUUCUCGGGGUGUUGGAUGAGAUGUUGCGCACGGGUGGGGGCAGUAGUGCGCGGUAUGGAGAUGUGGUGCGGACGUUGAGCGAGGGGAGCAGUGUGCCUAUCGAAGGGCAGGAGUUUGCGGAGGCGGUUAGAGCUCUGGAGCAGGAGGGCCGGGUGCAGGUUGUGGGCGAGGGGGCGAGGAGGAAUAUUAGGAGGGUGACUGGGGUGGCGUGAACGUUUUUGCAUUGACUUGGAUCAUGUCGGCGUCUUAGGGGAGUUUGGG